AUUAGGGUUUGAAGUGUGGGGAGGGGGAGAUGCCAUAAGAGGAGAGGUCUUUCUUCGCUAUUACCCGUUUCCCCUGUUGAGAUGCAGCAGAGCCCCUGAACAGCCCCACUGGAGCUCCUUUCAGUAUGAAUCCUUGUGGCAAGGGAGAAGAAGGCAAGCAGACUUCAGCCAGCUCUGGCUUACCCUGUUCUUCCCGUCACCUGAGAGCAUCCCCAACAGAGCAGCAUAGCAUCGAGGAGAAAACUGCCAGGGUCAAACGCCGCCGAACAAGACGAGAGCGCAACUAUGUCAAGUUUGGCAGAAAUGCUACUGAUAGGAUCCCAGAACAAAGGCCCAACCGCAGGGCGCUACAGAAGACGCUGCCCCCUUUCUGGAGCUCCCAGUUUAACACCUGUGCUAAGUCAACUCCCAUCAGACCCAUCAAAGGCACCUGUGUUGCCAAACCUCUGAUUAUAACACAGAACAGACUCUCUCAGCCCUUUGGCAUGUUUAACAGGGAGGUGAAAUCAGUUGACAUAGAGAGAUUGUUGAGCCCCAGAGCUGAGCAAGAGGUCCUGGAGAUCACUCCUAUACAAAGAGACAGUGGCAUGGAGAUGCUGCUGGAAGAAGAGAUCCAGUCCUGUGACACUGAUCAGAAAUCUAUUCCCAGCGAUCAGUUGAGAUGCAGUGGAAAGGACCCACGUGGAGUGAAUAAGGACUCUACAUCGAUCACACAGCAUCUUGUGGCCACCCCAGGGGCAUCCCAGCCUUUAGCUGCACCUGCGGUUGUGGAGUUCAAUCAAGAGGAUUUGGAAACUGAACCGUUUCGGGACAAUGCCUUGAUGGAUUUGAAUGAAAAGGAAAACGUCCCUCCCGUCCCCACAGCAGAAACUGAGUCAGGCAAAGGCAAAUCUCCAGUAAGGGAAUUAGCCCAGGACCUGCAAAAACUCUUGGACCUCAAGGCAAUAUUCCCUGGGCGUAACUUAAUCGGGGAAACGCGCCAGGCUGUUAUUAAUAUCCUGCUGGAACAGAAGAAAACACUCCCAGAUUUAUCUGCCUUGGCGCUGCUCAAGAAGUCUGCAGGUGGUUGUAACACUGACACGGCCCAUGCAGAUUUCAAGAGCCCACCUGACAGGGACCAGAAGGAGUUGCUAUUGGAACAGAUGUCUAGCAGUGGCAGCAGAAACUCUGACCAGGAGAUUUCUCUGAAAAAACAGAGAGGACAAGCACAAUUCUUCUCGAGUAGCUUUUCUCCCUGUCCUGUACAUACAGUUAUAAGAAUGGCAGAAGAGAAGACCACCCAAAGAGAAGACUUCAGAUCCUUUGUUGAGCCGCAGGCAUGUAGCCAGCAAAGCUUUCACUUGACAGCAGUUCAGCCACACUCCCAUCGUUCAUCUGCACCUUCCCAGCAUGUGAAUUUAGCCAGGAGCUCCUUUGCUUCAGAGGAACAACAUAUUUUGCAUGAUGCUUUAUUCAGAACUGCUCGGCGUUGGGAGCAAGGAUUAGGGGAAGCCUUCUGUGAGUCCAGAAGCAGGCAAGAGAGGUCUGAAGUAGCCAGUAGACUAAGCACAAAGAAGCGUGCUUCCAAAAGGCAUUACCUGCCUUUCUCUACCUAUGAUUCCUUGGGUUCAGUCAAUCUGAGCGUGGAUGGCAAAGGCUCCGGCCAUUACUUCUUGACUGAUCCUCAGCAACAUUCCUGUGUCUAUGAAUUAAGCCCAGAUCAAUGGAAUUUACUAGAGAUGGAGCCCACUCCAUUCCACAGCCCGCAUCCUUCGCAGGAGCCGUGCAAUUGCCAGCCUCUGGAUUUGGGGCUCAGGCCCACGGAGAGAGCUGCCUCUGAGUCUCAGACUUCCUUUGAUGUCUUAAGAAGCAUCUGGAGCCCUAAAGCUCCCAGUAAGGGAGCCAAACUCCCUGUGUCCCAAGCUCUGGGCUUCCCUUGUCUGGCUCACCAGCCAGCCACUUCCAGAGAGCUGAACUCAGAACAAGGGCAGCCAAAUGAGUUUCUUCAGCUGUACAGCAUCGUCCCUCAGCAGCACUGCUCUUCCUACUGGCAGAAUCCUCAGCAAGACAGAUAUAUGCUCAGCAAACACCCACCACACGGGACUGGGUUGUUCUCAGUACUGGCAAAACCCAGAGCCUUCUGCCCAAAAGUUUCUGUAGAGCAAGGAAGAACCUCAAAUAGUUACCACUUCAGCGGACUGGCAGAGGCCUCCGAAAGAAUGCAAAGAAACAGAGACAAAGGGUGCUGCAGAUCCAGGAGCCAGACUUGUGAUCUGAAGCGGCUGCUUCAAAUGGAAGAAGCCCAGCAGCAGCAGCUGCAGUUUUUCCAGCAGCUGCCUAUGUCGUAUUUCCCCCCCUCCGAGGCUCUAGAGAACAGGAACUCCCCUGAAUGCGCCUUGCAAGGCCAUCUGUUGGGACAGUCCACCCCGGAGCCCUGGGCUUUCCCCCGAAUGAAGUUGUACUGAAAGGGUGUGGGGAGCCAAAUUUCUGAAUGAGAGAGGCUUGGAAAACAAGUGGAUGCUUGAUUGGUAUGAAAAGGAAAGCCAAGGUGAUCACUUGGAAGGGCCAUUUGCUACUUUUUACCUAAAAUCACAACACACCUCCCCAAGAAUCCAGAGAACUGUAGUUCACCCCUCACAGAGCUACAAUUUCCAACACUUUUAACAAGCUGCAGUUCUCUGCAUUCUUUGUGGUGUGUGUGCAAACACACACUCACAUAGUUCUGUGAUUUCUUUUUAUUUAAAGCACAUUUGUUUUGGGCCACUUAGAAGGCACAAAACUUUUCUCUGUCCUAUUCCAGGUAUGACAGCCGAUCCUUUGCAAACAUGAAGCAUAGGUUUGUUGUCUCAAUGUACCCAACAUGACACAUUGGAUAAAGUCACCUGUUUCCAUUAGAUUGCCAUAUUUCAAGAAAGUAAAACUGUUCCUUCACUUUUUCUUUUUUUUAAGAGAGAGAAGGGAAUUA